UACUCGAUUGUAAGCAAAUCAGAGCUGUUGUGAACAAUGGCGACGUUUCGACUAAAGUGACAUCCUGCUGGGCAAAUGUGUUUUUACACUUUAACGAUAACAUUCUUUUCUAGAUAUUAGUUACGGUCUUUAGGUAUUAGCGUUAAAGAUACUGCGGUUCACGAUGGCAUUAAACGCUAACGCACUGUCCAGUGACAUAAGUCGUAGAAAUCCGCAGGACGAGUAUGAGCUCAUUCAACGAAUAGGCAGUGGAACUUAUGGAGAUGUUUACAAGGCUAAAAGAUUAUCGAUGAACGAUCUUGCCGCCAUCAAGGUUAUCAAAUUGGAGCCAGGUGAUGAUUUUGCUAUCAUACAGCAAGAAAUCUUAAUGAUGAAAGAUUGUAGACAUCCCAAUAUCAUAGCAUAUUAUGGCAGCUACUUGAGAAGGGACAAAUUAUGGAUUUGUAUGGAAUAUUGUGGAGGUGGAUCAUUACAAGAUAUUUAUCACAUAACUGGACCAUUAUCAGAAAUACAGAUAGCGUAUAUGUGCAGAGAGACUCUUAUGGGAUUAGCUUAUUUACAUAGUAUGGGAAAAAUGCAUCGUGAUAUAAAGGGUGCCAAUAUAUUGUUAACUGAGGCAGGUGAUGUGAAAUUAGCCGAUUUUGGAGUAUCCGCUCAAAUUACUGCAACAAUAAAUAAAAGGAAAAGUUUUAUAGGUACUCCUUAUUGGAUGGCACCUGAGGUUGCAGCAGUAGAAAGAAAGGGUGGGUACAAUCAAUUGUGUGAUAUUUGGGCUUGUGGUAUAACGGCGAUAGAAUUAGCAGAAUUGCAACCACCUAUGUUUGAUUUACAUCCAAUGAGAGCUUUAUUCUUAAUGUCCAAAUCUGGUUUUAAACCUCCAACAUUAAAAGACCGUGACAAAUGGAGUCCAACGUUUCAUAAUUUCGUCAAAGUUGCUUUAACUAAAAAUCCUAAAAAGAGGCCAACGGCAGAAAAAUUAUUGCAGCAUGCAUUUUUUCAAGGAGAAAUGAAUAAACGAUUGGCUUUGGAAUUAUUGCAGAAGGUAUCAAAUCCUAGUCAUAUGUUCACCGAUUUAGAAGCUGAUGAAGAUGGAGCAGUACCUAAUGUACCACAAAGAAUUGCUUCAAGGCAUACAGCAAGACCUAGGCCAAAAAGCCCCAUAUCGCAAUUAGAUAGUGACGAUUUAAUUAACCUCGAUGGUAGUACAUUACAAAGAGAUUCUAUAACUCCUUCGGUAGAUACUAAUCCAGCGUGGGAUAUUAUGGAUAUAAUGAAUAAUGUGAAGGCGGUACAUAAUUGUGAUGUUCAUCCUGACUGUGGAAUUGGCACUGCAUUUGAAGAUGUACAAGAAAAUUUUUCACAUACAUCCACUAAUCUUCAUGAUACACUUGGCGCAAAUGUUACUGAAGGUAACAGACGAUCACGCCGAAGCAAAACUGGCACAGAGAUAUUUCAUAUGAGUUUAAGGAGUCUAUUGCAGUACAUUGAUGAGGAGUUGUUGCUAAGGGGAAAUGCAAUGUCGAUGGUUGGUGGGCAUUGCGAUCAGCUAUACUCCCUGCAGGCAACACUUCCGCUUGGAGAAUCUUCAAACGAGUGCGAGGUACAUUGUGGAUACUACAAUAAUGUAUCUGGGUCUCAAGCAAGUCCUAGACGUCACAGUUCUGUAGACGAGUUAUAUGGCCUGGUAAACAGUUCUCAUUCCUUAACAGCUGUGAAUGGGCAACGUCAAAGGUCACUUUCAGAUAGUGGUCCUAGAGAUGAAUCUCUACAAUCUAAUGGGGAUAAUGAAAUAUCAGGAGAUGGGGAAAGAGAAAGUAUUAGUCCGGAUCUUUUAUCGGAUACACCACCUGUACCACCAAGAAGAAGGGAUAGAAAAAGGCAUACACCUCCAAGACCUAUAAGUAAUGGAUUGCCACCAACUCCGAAGGUUCAUAUGGGAGCAUGUUUUUCAAAGGUAUUUAAUGGUUGCCCUUUGAGAAUACAUUGUACAGCUAGUUGGAUACAUCCUGAUACAAGAGAUCAACAUUUACUUAUUGCUGCAGAGGAAGGAAUUUAUAAUUUAAACUUAAAUGAACUCCAUGAAACUGCAAUAGAUCAAUUGUAUCCUAGACGUACAAUUUGGAUGUAUGUUAUCAAGGAUGUCCUUAUGUCCUUGUCCGGAAAAACACCUCAAUUAUAUAGACAUGAUUUAUUAGCAAUGCAGAGCAAACAGACUCAUAGGUUCUCAUUGCAUAUGAACAAAAUACCCGAGAGAUUAGUACCUAGAAAAUUUGCACUUACUACAAAAGUACCAGAUACUAAAGGUUGCACUAAGUGUUGCGUCGGAAGAAAUCCAUAUAAUGGAUAUAAGUACCUUUGUGGGGCAAUGCCAGCAGGAAUAUUUUUAAUGCAAUGGUAUGAUCCUUUAAACAAAUUUAUGCUUUUAAAGCACUUUGAUUGUGCUCUCCCAUCACCUUUAAAUAUAUUUGAAAUGAUUAUUACACCUGAAAUGGAAUAUCCAAUGGUGUGUGUAUCAGUCAAACAACCAUAUCAACAAAAUAAAUUAAAAUUGGAUUUAAUUAAUAUGAAUUCUGGAGCAAGCUGGUUCCAUAGCGAUGAGCUAGAGGAUAUGGAUGGUUCAGCAACUGUGAUACCGAGAAGAGAAAAUCUUCAUGUCAUUAAUGUGACACAACUUGAAAAGGAUGCAAUACUUGUGUGUUAUGAAAAUGUAGUUAAGGUGGUUACGUUACAAGGAAAACUCAGGGUAAGCAAGAAGCAGAUGUCGGAACUGCAUUUCAAUUUUCAGAUAGAAUCAAUUAUUUGUUUACCAGAUAGCGUAUUGGCAUUCCAUAAACAUGGUAUGCAAGGUAGAAGUUUUAAGAAUGGUGAAGUUACACAGGAAAUUAGUGAUCCAAGCAGAACAUAUAGGUUACUUGGUUCGGAUAAGGUUGUAAUGUUGGAAAGUCAUUUGGUUCACACAGGCACAUUGACAGAGACUGAAGGAGCAGAUUUAUAUAUACUUGCUGGGCAUGAAGCCAGUUAUUGAGCAUCCUCUCUUUCAUCUUAUUAUGUAAAUAAACAAGCCUAUCAUGCCGCAAGUGAAUUGUGAUUCACUGUUGAUUACAUACAAAUGUAAUGAUUUUACUGAAAAGAAUGUUGGAAAUUGGUAAGAAAAAAUGAUUAAUAUUAGUUUUCCUGAUUACGAGUCACAAAAAACGUGACGUGAUAUAUUAAGGAGAUGUGUACACCAAUGAACAUAAUUUACUCAAUACUAUCUUGAAUAUAGUUGAUGUUAUGUAGACUAGUACACUGGCCAAAACAGUUUCUAAAAUUAGGUAUUUCUUUCAAUAAACGUGGACAAUGUCGUCAUAGUUGAACGAGAUACCAAAUUAGUUUAAAGCAUGUCGCAAUUAAAAGUAAAAACGAAAAAAAAAAGAAAAAAACAAAAAAAGUAUAUCCAAAUGUGCCCUUUUGCCUGACAAAACAAAGCUUAUAUUAUUUAAAUGCUUUUCUUUCUUUCUUUCUUUCUUUCUUUCUUUCUUUCUUUCUUUCUUUUUUUUUUUUUUUGAAUUGCGUAUUUUUUUCAUAAUAUAGAACGCAAUUGACUCAUAUAUAUAUAUAUAUUUCUUUUUUUAAUUUUCUGUAUAUUUCUUUUUCUUUUAGCAUGUAACUAACAGAAUUCGUAUUUAUUUAUUUAGAAUAAGUAUAAAUAUAGUGAUGAAAAACAAGUGUUAGCUUAUAUUUUUCAAAAAAAGAAUGAUUCUUUCUAAGAUUAUGAGAAUUAUAUGCAAUGUCUACUUACAGCAAGCUUGCCAUAUUAUACAUAAUAUUCUUUAACGUCUGUAAAUUUCGUCUAACACUUAUUCGAUGUAGUUACAAUAGCACGUGUAUAUAUAUAUAUAUAUAUAUAUAUAUAUAUAUAUAUAUAUAUAUAUAUGUAUAUAUAUUACAUAAUUUAACUAAUUAUAGAGAGAAGAAAAUACAACGAUUUAGAUACGAAAUAUUAAGCGAAUAAAUGGUAUAGUUCAUCAAUUCUAAAAAAAAAAAAAGAAAAAAGAAAAAAAAGUAAUACAGCAUAUAUAUGUAUAUUUUUCUGGCAGGAACUAUAUAAUGUUAUUUUCAAUAACACAUUAAUUAUAUAACGUUAAAGUAACAUUGAAAUAACCAUUAGUACAAACCUCUUUUAUUAAAGUUUUAUUAUUAUAAAUCGAAUAAUAUAGAAUGUAUACUCCCCCGGUAUAAGUUUUGGCUUGAUAGGCAUAGGGCUAUUUUGAAAAUGUCAAAUUUUAUUAAGACAUUGACAAGGAUCAGUGUCUCUAAUUUUUAAUAUUGAAAUACUAAUAAUAAUGCACAAUUUAUAUAAAAAAAAAUUUGCUGUUGAUGAAAGUAAUCUGGAAUUAUUUUAUUAGCUUCAAAGAAUAUAUGUUCAGAUUAAUCCAAUUUAUAUAUUUUAGUUUAAGAGAAAUAUUCUGUUGAUAAUUAUGCGGGAUAUAUUAUCAACGGUUAUAAUUAAUAUUUGCGAAUAGCCUUAAACGCAAUGUGGUUUCAAAAAAAGUGAAGAUGAAAUCACAGUAUUGCUCAAUAUUAUUUAAUGAUUAAUAAAUGUUAGCCGAAUAUUACAUUAUAAUUAAAAAUCUAUGAACAUAAUUUAUUCCUUUUGAUCGUGGAUAUAAUUUUAUGUUCAUAAUUAUUAUAAUGUGAUAAUAAAGUAUCAUGCUUGAAAAUAUUUAGGGGGAAAAAGAAAAAAAAAAGAAAACAAAAAAAUGAAAUUUCUUGUAAAAUUGGCUUAAAGAUUGGGAGAAAUGAAGUUUUUCAUUUAUGGUAUAUUGUAUAGAGAGAAGAGAUUAUGUCUCAUAAGGGGGAAGAGUGCUGGAUUGAAUAGAUUAUAAAAAGUAAAACAAUAUAUUUAUCAUUAAGCUGUCGCAUUAAUUAAAAUUUCUUUUUCCAAUCGGUUCAAGUUGAUUUGAUUUUAACAAACGCGAUUUUAUAUUUAGUCAACAAAUAAUACACAUUUUUAGAAUUUUUAGAGUCUGAGUCUAGUCCAUAUUCGAUUUAAUCUAAUUAAUAUACAUAAAACAUGAUAUUAUAUUAUAUAAAUUGUAGUUUAGGAAUUGUCUUAUUGUCCUUUUUGCCUAUUAAAUUCCAUUUGUGUCCUUAUGUAUAAAAAGAAAAAAGACAAAAAAAAAAAGACAAAAAAAGAAUAUAUAAGUAUAGAGGAAGCCGUGUGGAAGAAAAAAAAAAAAAAAAAAAAAAAAACACAAAAAAAAAAACAUGCAUCAACGAAACUUAAUUUUUAAACUAACUUAAUUUUUAGAUCACAUUUUAGAGACAGCUGAAUUGACUAGACUACAGUCUCUACAAAACGAAUAAGAGUGAUCAGCAUUUUUAAGGCAACUAGCACAAAGUGAUUAUGAAAACUUAACACACGUAACUAUUACAAUUAAGCUAACUAUGUCAUCAAUUUUAAUUAAUUAUUACGAGUCAUUGAUAAUAAUAGUACAUUUUUUUCUUUCUUUCUUUCUUUCUUUCUUUCUUUUUUUUCUUUUUUUUUUUUUUUUUAACUCUCUAUAACGCCACGUAAUUCUGAAAGACACAUGCACUCAUAAUACAUAUCUAUUUUGUUUCAACGUUACAAAAUAUUUUACUAAGUAUAAGUUAUACUUAGUACGUGUAAUAUAGUUAUAUUAUAAGUUUUACAUUAUAUAAAUAUUUUUUAUGAAUACAAAGUAAAAAAAGAAAAUAUAGAAUUAUAGAGAGUUAAUUGUAUCAAAUAGCAGCAAUUAGUAAAUUCGUAUGAAUUAUUAUUUUGUUUGAGCAGAGUUUUUUUUAAUUCAUUAAUUGGCAUAAUUCCAAGUCGAAAGAUUUAAGUAAAAGAUAAUGUAACACUCAAGUCCGCGAAUACAUUUAUACAUAUAUUAUUAUCGUAUUAGCAUCGAUUUGUUUCGCAUAUUUAUUUUUUUUUCCGCGUUUUAUAAAAAAAAAAAAAAGAAAAAAAAAAAAAAAUCGAAGGAUAAGAUAGAACAAACGUGGAAAAUUUUCUAUAUACAUAUAUAUAUAUAUAUAUAAAAAUGAUCUUUCGUCAUCGAAGUCUAGCACUUUUCCACCUCUCCCUUUUUUUCUCUAUUUUCCAAUUCAUAAUAUGGUGUAUGUGCAUUAAUAUUUAUUAGCUAUGAUAGGAGUCAAGCAUACGCAAUAAUGAAUUAAAAAUAAAGGAAAAAAUUACAGGAAAAAAAAAAAGAAAAAGAAAAAAAGAAAGAGAAAGAAAGAAAGAAAGAAAAAGAAAUGGAAAACAAACAGAAAGAGAAUUGUGUAAAAAAAAAUAUUGUCGAACGAAACGAAGAAGAAAAAUUAUCUCUGAGAUGUUGAAAUAUUUCGGUAUUUUAUAUGAAAUUUUGCUCUGUACAUAGGAUAUAGACGACUGAAGAAAGUAUUAUAUAUUAUCAACAAAAUUUAUUAUUAUUAUUAUUAUUAUUAUUAUUAUUAUUAAUUAUAUCGUCAUUAUUAUUACUACUAUUAUUAUUAUUAUUAUUAUUAUUAUUAUUAUUAUUAUUAUUAUUAUUAUUAUUAUUAUUAUUAUUAUUAUUAUUAUUAUUAUUAUUAUUAUUGUAAUAAUAUUAGUGAGACAAGAUACAAGAUUUAAAGCUUCCUAUACUCGCGCUCAUUUAUCAUGGCGGAGCAUGGGUGGUAUUAUUAUCGUUAAUUCAUUGAAAUUAAAAUACAAUUCAGUCAUUACUUUUUCCCUCCUAUAUUUCAUUGUUAAAUAUCAUUGAUUGAUAGAUAUAAUUCAUUCGUUGUAUUAUCAUUAUCAUUAUAAUUAUUACAAUUAUUAUUAUUAUUAUUCUAUAACGUAUUAUAUAGAAAUCUAUCGCGACGCUUUUUUAGGUUAUAUUUCGUAUAUCCUAUCGACUAUUUUUUCUUUGUUCUAUUUUUUUUUUUUUUUUUUUUUUUUUUUUUUUUAAACAUGAUUAUAUCUUUUACACCACCUGUGCUGUGACCCAAAAUAAUAUAUACAUACAUACAUACGUGUUAUAUAUAUAUUAUGUAUCUAUGUAUGUAUGUGUAUAUAUAUAUAUAUAUACACACAUCAUACAUAUAUUAAUUCACCAAGUGGAUUGAUUUUUUCGAAGAGGAAAUAAGAAAGAAUAGAAAUAUAAUGAGUGCACGUAAUAAUUGCAUUUACGUAAAAGACAGAAUUUAAAUCGAGAAUUUUUUGCUGUAUUAUUUCCCAUGCGUUGCCUUAGCAAGCCGAAUGCCGAAUUUAUGCGAAAGAUGUAAAUAAUAUAUACGAAAAGAAACGAUCUUACACCGUAAUUUCGGAGGACAUAUGUUUGAUAAUUAAGCUGUAAUUAUAAUCAUUGCUGUUUUGCAAUCAAACACCAAAUCGUAUUAAUUCAAUCAAAUUUUUCUGUAAUUCAUUUUUGAAGAAGACAGUGCGGUGGAGGGAGGGGGAGAAAGAAAAAAAAAAUAUGCACUUAACGAUAUAAAUUAGAAUACGAUGACGAUGACGAUGACGAUGAUGAUGAUGAUGAUGAUGAUGAUGAUGAUGAAGAAUAAUAUGAGUUGAAAACGAAAAUAGAUACAACAAUGUCUUCCCUAUUAAUCGUAUUAAAAAAAAAAAAAAAGUGUAGUAAUAUAUUAGGUACGUUUUAUGGUCGCAAUGCUCUGCAAUUUAAUACACACUUAUAUAUACAUAACACACACACACACACACACAUUUA